UGUGUACCAGGUGUGUUUCUGCCGACACAAUCUAAACAGCACCUUAAUACCGGCCGUGUUGUCGGACUCCACAUAGCUAAUAAUUGGCCUUCACGGGACCACUCAAACCGGACUAUUUACAUUCGCAGCAUAAUUGAAGGCGGGCGAGGUGCUCCGGGCCACCUCGCUGAUGUGACGGACAGCGGUCAGGAGAUCUGAGGACAUGGAUAUAUCGUCUUUGUAAACACGUGGAUUAUAGGAAGUCUGGAUUAUCGCCGAGGCUAGCUUAUCGGGGGAUGGCGAUCCUAUUGGGCUGACUGACACCUUGACCCGUGUCCGGACCGAGUGGAGGGUUUAUCAGCACGUUCGACAAACAGUGAUGGGAAGGUGUAUAGUUGAGUCUGAGACAGUUCAGCUAUCCACCCACACAUGUAUACUUGAGAGAGCGUGUGACAUUCUAUUGUGUAUCACCUCGUCGCUGGACGCUGUAAAGAGACUCAGGUAACAGUGACUCACAUUACACCUGGCCUUGUACUCAUUCACCCUUGUCUGCGCGUUACGGACAGCUGAUGGCCAUAACCCACUUCUACACGUUGUUUAAACCACGUAUGGAUUACAUGUGUUGAGAUUUGUCACCUCCUUUCAUUUUUAUCUCAACCUGGAUGACCCGGAAGUUAAUACCUUACGGCAGACGACGAUCGCUGCUCAAGCAGACGACACAUUGAUGGAUACUGCGUUGAACGUGUUGUGGGAGAGAUAAAGCGUAGUUCGAUAGGCGAUACCCUUCCGGUGAAAUUUCCCAGCGAUGUUUGUUCGGGGGUAAUUGGUGAUAGUGUGAUUGAUGUUCUCCGCUCUGUCCACGGCGAUACUACACAGCGUCAGAUCAGCACCGGUGUAUCUGUAUACGACAUCGUCAACGUAGCCGACUAUGGCGGACAUCGAGUUGACGGGCAUUCGGACACGUGACCCAGACCGACCCACUUUCGACUCGUCACAGGAAGGUCUCCUGUCAGCGGAAACCAACGAGGCCGGUCUAGCCAAUGGCAAUGGGCACAUCCAGCCUGAAAGCGAGGCUUUCCUGGGAGUCGGAGGCUUGGAUAAGCCAACAUCGGUCUCCGUGUUCAAGAGACCAAGACGAAAAUGGUGGAUUUUAGUGAUUAUAAUAUUCCUUGUGGCGAUCUUAAUACUUGCAGUAUUCGUGGGAGUGUUCUUCAGUGUUUCCAAAGGUAACGCAAUGAGACCUGCUACGUGGCUCAACUCAACAACAAUCAACACCUCUAUGGUGGUCCCUCCUCCAUCGCCGCCGUCUCCGACGCCCAAACCACCACCGGAACUUUACAUCCAGAAAUUCCAGUCUUUCAGGGAUUCUAGCAGCAGCAAGCUUUUUGAAGUGACAUUCAGUAACGGAACCACUCUCCGGACGUUUGGCCAUAAGGGCAUGGAUGGGAGUUUCCAUUCCUUGUUCUCUAUAAGUGUUGGUGAUGCCAAGGGGUCGGACCUGACCCACAUCCAGUUUAAAGGUGAUAACAAUUUCGCAUCCGUUAUGUUACCCGACGGUACCAUUGUUAGUUACGACUGGACACACGGAUUUAAAAGUCUGGAGUGUAAAGUAUUUUCAGUGACCAAACCGGAUGCCGAUAUGUCGGUUCCCUUGUCCCACAUUGUGACAUUGCCUCUCGGGACGUAUGCGGAAGUGUUUCUUCGUAUCUCCAAAGGGCUCAUCAAACCUCACGUUCAGUCACGGACUAAUGUCACACGCGAGGAGUGCAACUCCCGUCUCCCCCUCCGUGUGACCAAAUGUGGGGGUCAGUACACAUACCACGGAUCGUUCAUUCAGGGGUCGCUCACCACAGACGGUGGCGCACCUGUCAUGAUGGACGCUCUGCCCUGGCCGACCACCCAGGACAAUUGUCACGAGAAUCAGAAGGAGAUGCCUAACUACUUUCUACCGCUUCCUCUAGGUACCAAUGUGUCAGUAGAAAAAAUGAAGGAAUCCUUUUGCUCAAGUGGGACAAAUGUGUUUAUAAACUUGUGUUUAUCGAUCGAGGGAUCGGACACGACUUUAGACCACGAUAUCUGCACCGAGGUCGCACGUACGGUGAAAAAUGAGAGAGAUGUGCUUUAUAACCAUAUAUACGGCAGCUGUUUUAAAAUAUUUCAUUCCAUUCGUCUAACGUGUGUAGCACUCAAGGUGUCCAGUUCCAAAGGUGUGAGUACCAACGACUUCCGUCUAUCAAAACUUGAAAUUUACCAGAGCCUGUGUAUGAAUACAAGCAGCACCCUCGACGUCUUACGGGGCUCGCGUCUAGUUGUAGGUGUCACAGCAUAUUGUCCCUCGGUCCUGCCACUCUCUUCCUAUCAGCAGCAUAUAUAUUUGAACCAAUCAAAUCCAGGCACUCUUCAAAAUAUGAUUCGCAUUAACUGUCCUAGCUCACCGGAAGUGACGCGAUUCGUACUAGGGCAUAAAUAUAUUGGCCCAGCUCCAUCCGGAGUUAGUCGGGACGGGAUAGUGGAUCACAUCUUGCGCGUCUGUGCAACGUGCGCCUUCGGUACUAAGAUGGAGGUGGAGGUGACACGUGACGACACCUGUUGCUAUAACAACUGUACCCGGGCAAAACUGUGUGAAAUUGGCCCGAACACUCGUCGGAAGGAGAAGAGCGAGUUUGGAAAGCACAGUGAUGUGUACUGUCACCAAUUCCUGGCAGGGUUCAACAACACAAUGCCAUCAGUAGAUAAAAAGUGUGUGAGUGGUUGUAAGAUGGAAUUCAGUGUGGACUUCAAACUUUACAACACUGAAACCCAACAAGUAUUUUAUCACCAGACACUCAUGUGCGACCAAGACGAUAGUUUCUCGUGUAAAAGGACGUUUGGGAGGUAGUAAUCUCCCCUUUGUGUAACAUGUCAUCAAAAUGUGUGGUCUUUGGUCGUCAUCACCCUUUGUGUAAUACGUCAUCAAAAUGUGUGUUCUUUCCAGUCGGCAUAGUAUAAUGUGUAACAAAUCACACGGUCGUACGACGGCUCAUAAUUAGACAUUUCAUAACCAUCGUUCAUAUCUGACCACCUUACACAACAGGGAUAGCAUUGUGACCCUGCGUCAGUUUCAAGAAUUCCAGAGUGUGAUGAGAAGACAGCAUUACAUAAGCCACCAGCAUAAACAUUCCAAUCAACGCUUGCCGGGAGAAUGCCCUGUGUACAUUGAAAUCUUUCUUCGAGACGUGUAUCACGUCUUCUCAGCUAUAGUUUAUUCUAUUCAAGUCUUUCUACUCAAUUAACUCUUCUAUUCGCACACAUGUUGUCUUAAGUUUGCACGAUAACAUUCUUAAUUCUGAGGCUUGGAGAUAGAUACAGUCACGGAAUGCCUAACAUUGGAUGUGUGCCCGGAGCGCGUUCCCAUGUCGCGUGUUCCUGGAUCUGUACAUGUUGUGAACCAGUGAUUAGUAUUAUUUCUUUCUGUGAUGGCUUCUGUUCGUGAAGGGACAGCUGCACUGUUUCCUCCAACAUUCCACGUCUGAUGUCUGUGAUAUGGCGUCUGAAUGUUCCACAGUUCGGCUGGGAUCUUGUGCCGGAGUUCGGCUGAGAUUUUGUACGACAGUUCGGUGUCGUCGGACGGAUCAAAUUUUUGUCUUACAAAUCCUUCUUUGCCAAAAGAUCACAUGGCAAGGCCAGUUAUGUGUCGUCAAGCACAUUACAUAUAUACACGUAGAACUUUGUGUUCCUAUCUCAGACAGCUUUGUACAUGUGUUUCACGAAUGUUUAAUGCUUAUAACAUUUGCCGUAAGGUAGAAUGGUGAUGCAGUUGACUCAUUAGUUAUAUUACGAUAUGAUAAUUCAAAAAACUUAAGUAAAAUUAGGGACCGACCAUUCAGUGUUGGAGGGGUGAAGAGAUGGGACUUGUUUUCCCAAAAAUCAAUUGACCCAGAAUGUUUGAAAAAAAUGUGUGCAUAAAACUGUGCGUACAAAAUAUAUAUUUUUUGCAAAAAUGUAGGGUCAUAGUUGUUCUUUUAAUCCUGUUUUUCACCUGUAGAUAAAACUACGCAGUAUCCAAGGAAAUUCCAAGGACCCCCCCUCUUCACGAAUGUCUAUUGGUUGGUCUCGUAUCCUUUUAGCUUUAAUCAGAUAAGCCGUUUUAAAACCCAUUUCUCUGAUAUGACUGCUUGUUAUGUCAUCAAGGAAAUCACAUUUGCUCAAUGUUAAAAAAUAGAAUCUUGAUAAUUUGGGUAAACUGUUUGAAUGAAGGCCCAUGAGAUAACCGUUAUAUUUGAAGACGAUCGUGAUAUAUAGAUUAGUGCUCGAUAUUGGACGUCAUUCAUGUAGCAAGUAGCAUGGAGGCGAACAUGCCCGACGAUGGGAUCUGAAUCAAUCGCUGUGGGGCUAAGGCAGCCGUACACAUAGCACAGAGAUCAGGCGAACGGUAGUGUAUACAAUCUCUGUUGAAUACAUGUAUUUUUACUGGUUAUUAUUCCUUCAUAUUCACCGUCACCUAAGGAUUUACCAUCCCAUGUUUACAAGAUCGAGUUAUUUGUUUGAUAUUUGCGGAAAUUGUUAAAUAUUUUAAGAUCACCUAUCAGCAAUUUAUUUACAAUCACUCCCAAAUGUUCUGUAGUUAUAUUUGCACCGGAAAACGUGGGAAAGAAUCUGCACAGUUAAUGUUAAGAUCGAGUUUUUGUCCGUGGCUUCAGAAAUAGGUUCAGGAUUCAUACACGACCGAGUCCGAGGUUAGAGCAACCAGCAAGAUAUUCGUCACCACUCGCCCCUUUCCGUAAUCACUCGCCUUUUUCCGUAACCUGCAACAAGAUCCGUUUACUGUUAUUUUUGGAAAUGGGCAUACUCGUACGAGUGUGAUUAAAGUUCAAAGAGGAAAUCCUUCUUUAUAAAUCUUGGUAAAGAAUAAGACGAGAGUUAGACUUGGUGAAUUAUACGGAAUGUACGCCAACUCUUCUUUGAUCGUAAAGAACAACUUUUAUGGCAAUAUACAUAUAAAAUCGACAAGACAAUCUCAAGCAGUUCCACAAUUAACUUAUGUCUUUUGACGGAACCAAUGUUCCCGAUCGGGACACAAGUACGGCUUUUCCCUGAAUUACACGAGUGUUGACGAAUGCAAUGUGUACUUCCGUAUGGUUGCUAAGUAUCGUUUGGGGUCAAGUGAUUGAGGAUAUCUUACGGAGACAAACAGCGUUAUGUUAUGUUAGUGUUAUGAAAUACAUUUAGCGCCAUUCGUGGGAACUUGUUUAACCGUUUAUAGAAAAUGCAAUUAUAGUGCUAUUUAUUUCCUUAAUUUGUGCAAUACGUUCGUUGAAGAUACGCUGAUUGUUUCUGUUGUUCAACAAACAUGCCUGUGUUCACAUUAUUUAUGUUUGUUUAUUUGUCCAUACUGUUGAUGAUGUUGUAAAGUUAAGGCGACAUAAUUUCUAUCAAUUUCUUGUUGUUCAUACACACCAUUGCAGAGCCAAGUAAAUCUGUCCUCCUUUUCUCUAUAAUCCCUAUAUAACAUUAUAAUUUAUAACCAUCAUCUUAUGGUUGUGAGCAAGAGAAUCGUCUUUAACGUCGCGCCAGAUAUCAGCUAUUUCUCCACGACUUGUACAACUCCAUUUUUUAGGGAUGCUUUUUUUAUCUUUUAAUGAUACACAAAAAUGAUUUUCGUAAUGUGUCAAGUGUAUGUUUCAAAAUGACAGGGGCGGUGGGGUAGUCUAGUGGUUAAAGCGUUGGCUCGUCACGCCGAAGACCCGGGUUCGAAUCCCCACAUGGGUACAAUGAGUGAAGCCCAUUUCUGGUGUCCCCCGCCAUGAUAUUGCUGGAAUAUUGCUAAAAGCGGCGUAAAACCAAACUCAGUCAGUCAGUCAAAAUGACAGAUUUGGUUAUCCCUGUAAAAAACGUUCAUCGGCAUGUUUACACAGAUAACAGGGCGUUCGUAGUCCUAGGGAUGGCGUAACAUAGACUUACGACAGGCAUAAUGCUACGAGUGAGUUUGGUUUUACGCCGCUUUUGGUAAUAUUCCAGCAAUAUCAGGACGGGACACCAUUUAUGUGAAGAAUCGAACCCGGGUCGUGGACGUGACGAGCGAACGAUCUAACCACUAAGCUACCCCACCGCCCCCGUAAUGCUACGAAAGCUAGACCAGAGAAACUACUGGUUGAUAUUAAGACCACCGAGACACAUUGCGUUCAAGGGUUAGUCGGGCGGUGGCGUAGCCUGGAGGUUUAAGCUGUCGCUCGUUAUGCCCAUGACACGGGUUCGAUUCCCAACAUGGGAACAGUGUGUGAAGCCUAUUUAUGGUGUCCCCCGCCGUGAUAGUGCUGGAGUAUUGCUGAAAGCAGGAUAAAACUAAAGUCACUCACUCAAGGAUUAGUCUAUCAACCAACUACUAUAUAACCUUCCUAUAGUUUCGUUGACUCCUGCCAACAUCAUGGGACACAAGCCAGCCAUCCAGGAUCCUCACGGGGAUGUUUAGGCGAGCACAAUGCUUCAAUUUGAUACAUCAGAUACUUUACCAUUAAGUAACAAGCUAAGUCUUAUAAACACAAUUGAAUUGGUGGCCCCUAUGGCUAUGGUAGCUUCUCUUGUCUCGCGAAUCCAUUUCUGUUAUUACACAAAUGUGAGAACACCAAUCGAUUUAAUUUCAUGUGUAUCCGUGGUGUAGCCUACAGUGUUCAUUCACUCGUCGUACUAGGUCCACGUGUAGAUAUGAGUACAAUGUGUUAAGCCCUUCCCAGACAUCUCUAGACUUAAUGCUGCUGGAACAUCACUCAAAGCGGUGUAAAACAAUAUAGUACUCACUUUCUCAUAAAUGCGUCCUUUUCCUUUGGCUCUGUAUGGAAUGUUUAUGAUCAACAAUUACAAUAAUAUUCUUUCGAAAUAAUGACAUGCUUAUUUGGAUACUCUCAUUUGUGAAAUAAAUCUAGAUAUACCAUA